UGACCACCUCUCCUCUAGACUGCAUGCAGUUUAGUAUUAAAAUGUUUCCAGUACGACCAACCGUUGUGUUGUGACACAUUUGAGAUGAUCGAUACACGUUCUGCUAUUUUAACAAUUAUAACAUCAGAUCGAUAACCAGGACCGAGGGCGCUCGCGGUGAACAGCGUGGAAGCUGAGAAUUUUGGAGGUUGAAUCCUAAAAAGAAAGAAGAGCUACUGUAGGCAGGACGAGCUACGGCGGCGAGGGCCCAACCGGACGAGAACACGGGGGAACCAUGGCCAACAUCGCAGUUCAGAGGAUAAAACGGGAAUUCAAGGAGGUGCUCAAAAGUGAAGAGACAAGCAAAAACCAGAUAAAGGUGGAUCUGGUGGAUGAGAACUUCACAGAACUUAAAGGGGAGAUAGCAGGACCACCCGACACACCAUAUGAAGGAGGCAGAUAUCAACUAGAAAUUAAAAUUCCAGAGACGUAUCCAUUCAAUCCACCAAAGGUGCGGUUUAUCACAAAGAUCUGGCAUCCUAACAUCAGCUCAGUCACAGGUGCAAUAUGUCUGGACAUUCUUAAAGACCAGUGGGCAGCAGCGAUGACACUGAGGACAGUCCUCCUCUCGCUACAAGCCUUACUGGCUGCUGCAGAACCAGAUGAUCCACAAGACGCAGUGGUAGCCAAUCAGUACAAGCAGAACCCCGAGAUGUUCAAACAGACAGCGAGGCUCUGGUCUCACGUCUACGCAGGCGCCCCCGUCUCAAGUCCGGAGUACACGCGCAAAAUAGACAAACUCUGUGCCAUGGGCUUUGAAAAAAAUGCAGUUAUAGUGGCGUUGUCGUCGAAGUCCUGGGACGUGGAAACCGCGACAGAGCUACUGCUCAGUAACUGAAUCGUGGUGCCAUCUUCCUCCUGAUGCCUGCCCCACGCCCUCCUCACACGCCCCCCCCCCUCUUCUGAGUUCCUGGAGCCCCCCCCCUCAUCCAUCUCCUCUGUGUGGCGUCUCCCUCCCUGAUGAUGACCUAUGCUGUACAAAACUCCCAAUCAGUCGCUCUGUGAGCUCUUAUCUCUGGUUUCCUCAAGUUCAUUCAACUCAUUGAUACAAUCAGAACUUCUGCCACACCUUCACCCCUUUUUGAAGCCAAUUUCAGACCCCUCCCCCCACUCUCCCAGCUUUUCGGCUGUCAGCGGCUUAUCCUUGCCUAUGCAGUGCAUUUACUUUCAUUCGAGAGAACCAUUUGUCGGAGCGACUCAAGCAUUUCGAGGAGGGUCUUUUGGACCUGAUCAUUAUUUACCGCCUGUUUUCUAAAGAGUGAUUGAUGCGUAUCGCUUCAUGGUUCAGUGUUCAAUAUCCCUCGAUCACCCAUGACAUUCACAAUCAAUAUUUUGAGGGAACUCUAAACUCUCACUCUGGGUCCCUUUCAGAAUCUUUAUCUUGUGCCAUCACCUGGGUUUUUUGGGGCACUACAGUGUUUCUUUUUUUCUUCUUCUUUUUCUUUCAGAUAGAAAGAAUGUGGAUAUUCAAAUCUAUAUGUUGUAAGGUAAAUAAAGUGCACCGGGUAGCAAUCCGUUACCGUGUUAUACAGACACAGUGCAGGAAGAGGCUUGUUCUCUGUACAGGAACCAGGUGUCCCCGAGGCGUUCACGUUGUAGCCACACUCCAUUUUCAUGACAUAUUUCCCCUCUUCAACUGUCUGACCGACCCAAAGCACUCGCGCCGAACCCCAGCUUCAAUCCCCACACCUGCUCUUCACAUGGCUCAUUUCCGUCCGUUUCCCUGCAUUUUAACAUUACUUUUAUUUGCUUCUGGUCUCCUGCAGGAAUACAUUUAGAUUCUUGUUUUUAAACAAACAAAGAAAAACAUGUUCGCCAGUUGUACAAGCCGUGACAGGUCUGGAUGGGAAAAAUAGAUAUUGCAUCAUAACUACGGCAACAGAUAAAUAUGUCAAAAUGAUUAAUCUGUAAAUAAAGAUAUUGAAGUCUGUGUAAAUUAAA